GUUUCGGAGCCGGGACGUGUUUCGAUGUUCGCGGCUGGCCGUAAAUUGUUACGCGACGAAAUCUGAAACUGUCCGAUGUCGGAAGAGAUUUGAGUGUUGACACAAAUAUCUUAAUUAGUUCGUGUUUUUGUUUAUGUGGCUUGGUGAAAGAUCUGUGAAAAGUUUGGGAAAUGCCGUGGAAUAUUUACGUUUACGCGAAGUACUGUUGGUGAUUCGGGACGCCAUCGUUACAGAUGGACGUUCUAAUGUUGCUGGACAAAGUGUACGGCUUAAUAGCCAAGAGAUUGCGUAGAGAUGAGUUGGGUCCGUAGUGUGGAACUGUGGUACAGCAAGAUGCUUCUGACGGUCUGUUGCGCGAUACUUCUGUGGAGGAUAGACGGCGUUGUUGAAAGCACUAAAGUGGUGAAAAGCAGUAUGCGGUAUCAAACAACAUCUCCCUUAAGCAGAGUCGGCCCAACCCAAUCUCUACGCGAUGCCGAACCGAGCUUUGUUGGGCCGAUCGAAAACGUCACUGUAGCGCUGGGCAGAGAGGCAGUACUCACUUGUUCUGUCUCAGACAUCGGUGACUAUAAGGUGGCGUGGAUAAGAGCAGAUGACCAGACAAUCCUGACGCUGCACACAAAGCUGGUGACGCACAGCACCCGGUACGCCGUGACCAACGACUCGCCGGGCUCCUGGCAACUCCACAUCCGGCCGCUGAAGGUCGAGGAUCGGGGGUGCUACAUGUGCCAGAUCAACACUAGCACUAUGAAGAAACAGAUAGGAUGCGUUGACGUGUUAGUGCCUCCAAACAUCGUCGACGAGGGAACAAGCGGUGACAUAGUGGCACGAGAAGGCUCUGACGUAAGCAUCACGUGCAAAGCAGAAGGCAGACCUCUACCGCGUAUACUGUGGAGAAGAGAAGACGGUACCAAUAUACUUCUGAGGAAUGAAGCCGGAGAACUUCGUAAAGUUGUUUCAGCUGACAUGUACACGGGCCCAUCACUGAACCUCACGAAGGUGGAGCGUCGGCAGAUGGGCGCUUACCUUUGCAUAGCAUCCAACGACGUGCCGCCGUCCGUCAGUAAGAGGAUAAUGCUCAGUGUUAACUUUGGACCCUCAAUAAUGAUAGCGACGAAGGUGAUCGGAGUGCCCACGGGGUCUCAAACACAGAUGGAGUGCCUUGUAGAAGCGUACCCCCCAGCCAUCAACUAUUGGCUCAAGAGUGGGGAAGAAAUGAUACUCUCUGGAGGAAAACACGAAAUAAGCGAGGUGCGCGUUUCAUCGUACCAGAUUCGUACAACACUCACAGUAACCGAGUUCAGUAGCGAAGAUACCGGUACAUACACCUGCAUCGCUACCAACACCAUCGGCAAGGCUGAAGGAACUUUAAGACUGUAUGAAAUAAAAAUAACCACAACGACAACAACAACAACGACCACGACGACGACGACCACGACAACGACAACCACGCCAGCGCCAACUACAACAGAGUAUACAACACCACACCAUUACUUGGUAGCGUUACAACCGGCUGAACAAAAGUUUUACACGCCCGAUGUGACUACAUAUGAUACAAUGCAGAACGUGAUAGAGCAGUCCGUACUCGACAACAACUGGCAACCGACUGCGGAUUCCGCGAGCGUUAGCUACCAAGCUUUCUCGCUACCUACCCUCGCUGUAAUAUCAUCUCUGCCACAUCUAAUAUACUAUAUAAGUCAUUUACGGUUGCUUACUUACAUGUCUAAACAUAGUUACAAACCAAUAUUAAGAUGUGAAAGAUGAUAAGUUUAGAAAUAUUGAAUUUGUGUCAAUUUAAUGUUAUACAUUGAAUAAUGUUACUGUGUAAAUUAAGUAAUAUAGAAUUGCUCAUUGUAGAUCAAUUUUGUAAGUAUAUUAAAUAAUGCUGUAAAGACAUGAAUACGUCCAUAACAAUGGGCCAAACACUGUAACAUUUGGUUUUUUUAAUUCUGGUACAAUACUAUUGCAGUCACAACUGUUUACUAGUCCAUAUAAUAUUUUUUGUCUAGCAGAGACUGUUUCUGGUACAAAAAAAAACCUUUUGGUUGUCAGAUCCCGUUAGGUGACUGUAAUUCGUGUUUGUAAAGUAAAGACUAAACAAUAAACAUCUAACUAAUUUGUGUAUACAGUAAAAGCUCCUUAUUCACGCUUCCUUUAUUCACGUUUUCACUAUUCGCAGAUUAAAAAAUUGCGACCCAAUUCCUAUAUUAAAAUAUAAAUUAAUUGCUAUUAGAUAAUAAUCAAUAACUUCAAUUAAUUGUUUCUUCUUUAUAUAUUUGUUAUUUAUUUUGUCACCCAAGAACGUAUCCCAUAUAAUCCCGUAUAAAAUACCAUUCCAUAUUCACGGUUUCUGUAUUCGCGGCACAUUUAGAGAACGUAUCCCUCGCGAAUAAUGAGCUUUUACUGUAUUAGAUUUUGGUGCCUAAUUAUUGCUGGCGUUAAAAUGCUGAAGGGAUUCUUCGUUUCGAUAAUAUUAUUUGCACUAUUUUUUAUCCAAGUUUAUUACUAUCAAGCAACAACCUGUAUUCGUUCACUGCUGGACGCCUUUCCGAAAACGCGCCAACACACACGAUCCUCCGCCCUCGUCAUCCUUCCACUUUUUUGAUGUCGCCGAACCAUCUAGCUGGAGGGCGUCCUACACUACGCUUACUGGUACGUGUUUUCCACUCUAGAACACGUCUGCCCCAUUAUUUUAUAAUAUGCCCCAACAUUUGUCAGUAUUAUUAUAGUUAUAUAAUUAAUUAAGUACAGCCGUGAUAGCCUAGUGGAUAUGACCUCUGCCUCCUUAUUCCGAAGGGAUGUGGAUUCGAAACCGGUCCGGGGAUGUACUUCCAACUUUUCAGUUGUGUGCAUUUAAAAAAAAUAAAUAUCACGUGUCUCAAACGGUGAAGGAAAACAUCGUGAUAAAACCUGCAUACCAGAGAAUUUUCUUAAUUCUCUGCGUGUGUGAAGCCUGCCAAUCCGCAUUGGGCCAGCGUGGUGGACUGUUGGCCUAACCCCUCUCAUUCUGAGAGGAGACUCGAGCUCAGCAGUGAGCCCAAUAUGGGUUGAUAAUGAUGAUAUUUGACGGCCUCCGUGGCGCAGUGGUAUGCGCAGUGGAUUUACAAAACGGAGGUCCUGGGUUCGAUCCCCGGCUGAUUGAGAUUGAGAUUUUCUUAAUUUGUCCAGAUCUGGCUGGUGGGAGGCUUCGGCCGUGGCUAGUUACCAAGUACCAGUAGUUGCCAAGCGAUUUAGCGUUCCGGUACGAUGCCGUGUAGAAACCGAAAGGGGUGUGGAUUUUCAUCCUCCUCCUAACAAGUUAGCCCACUUCCAUCUUAGACUGCAUCAUCACUUACCAUCAGAUGAGAUUGUAGUCAAGGGCUAACUUGUAAAAUAAAGAAAAAAAAAUAUAUAUAUAUAAUUAAUAGCAUUUGUCCUCCUAUUUAUCAAAUAAACAAAUUAGUCCAACAUGCAUCGUUAUAACAUGCUAACAUUAUGAAUGGUAACGUUCAAUUUAUAUAACAGAUCGUAAAGUUGUGUGAAAUAUGAAAUAACUCUCGCCAAUAUUGCACAAAGGAAAGUACACCAAAUUUAAUAAGUUUUAUUAUAAUAUACGGUAACAGAGCAAAGACUUGAAGAGUUAGGCGAAAGUAUUAAAGUUGCACCGCAAAAGUUUGCGACGCGUUUCUUGCUCAUUCGUGGUUUCUUGGUUUCUUACCGUUGGUUUUCUUUGACUGGAGUGUUGCGCUUCACACGAAAAACUCUCUCGCAUGACUUUUACUUUAAAAACCAAAUGGCACUCGCAUUCACUCUGUUUUCUUUGAGUAAUCGAUCUCCACGAGUAUCCAUUGCAAAAUUUUGUUCAAUAGAUAAUUUUUUUACCUUUUUUCGUUUUGUUAUAUGAUAUUAGUUUGUAUUUUUACCAUGUAAAGUUUAAGGGGCACUGAUUUUCAUAAACAUACUUGUUUGAAAAUCAGGGAAGUAGAUACUGAUUAAAAAUAAUGUAUUUAAUAAUUGACCCCGUUGUUGGUCAGAAAAAUAAUAAUAUUACACAGAUUCAUAAAAGUCGUUAGCAGACGUUUAUUACACAAAUUCCACUUUUUACAAACAGACAAAUUAAUUGUUUUUUGUACUUUUAAUCACGAAGGACUGUCUUGAUGGAAAUUGACGAAGGAAGAACAAUUUGGGUGAUUGAGCACAUUAAAUUCUACAUAAAUUAUUGUAAUAUGUGUAAUAUAAAAAAAAUAAAAAUAAAAAAGCCUUAUGGCCAUAUAUGAACAAGUGAAGCCACAGUUUAUUCAUAAAAAAAUAUCCUUAAAUCUAAAAUAAUGGUCACAAUGCUGUGUCCGUCAGUUUUAUAUCUUAGUUUUUAUAUCUGAAAACUUUUGUAACAAAUAUUAUUGCCUUUUUAUUACUUUGAGAACUUGGUUCAAGUCGUUACCAUCAUCUCAUGCUUAGGAAUAUUGAACGUUAGCAACAAUGAGAUGUUUUAGUUUAUAUGUCUGUUGGUGGCAUCAUAGCUCGCUAACGGAUGGACCCCGCACAGUUUGCACGCGCUUGAUUUUUAUAAAAAAAUAUGUUUUUCAUCAUCAUCAUCAUCAUCAUCAUCAUGAUCAUCAUCAUCAUCAUACAUACAUACAUACAUAGGCCUUUGUAGGGAUAGUGGCGUGCACGUCAUAGAUGCAAUAAUGCAUUGUCUAACCUGAGGACUUAUUCCGAACAUAUAAUAAAGAAGGAACUUUCUAUUUGUUAUAGUGUGUACGUAUCGCAUACCCUAGUUAAAAACCCUGUACACGCCACUGUGUAGGGACUUCUAAACAUCACAAUCCUGAGCCGCCUUCCUCCAGCGUAUCCCUGCGACUCGUUUAAUGUAAUUAAUCCACCUGGUGAGAGGUCGAUCAACACUGCGCUUCCUAGUGCGAGGUCGCUAUUCCAGCAUCUUGGUGCCCUAAGAUUAUUCAGCAAAGUAUGAUAAAGAUUGGACAACUCAGACCAAUUUGAAGAUAUCAGGAUAUAAUAUGAAAGGAAUUUCUGAAUCAAUCUCGUAACUUUUGCUAAAUUAUUGAUUGUUUUUCACAAAUUCUGAUUUUGCUCUAUUAAGUUAUUAACUCUUAAAAACAAAAAUAUUGAUAAUUAAAUAACAAUGAUAAACUCAAUAAUUGAUAUUACAUUAAAUUGUUACUUAAUAAAUUAAAGUUACAAUUAAUUGAUACUUUAGUAAAGCCUAUACUUACAUAUGAGCAAUGGGCUCUCAGAAUAGCUAGGGUUAAUCUUUGCACAUAAUAAUAUUGUAAAAUAUAUAAAUUAAUAAACAUUGUUAUUAAUCGUGAUGUUAUUAAUGUAACAUGUACAAAUAUCUUAUUUUAACAAAGCAUAUCAAUAUAAUGUAAAUUUUAAAUGUAAAUAUAUAGAAUUCAGCUAGUUUUAAGUUCAUUACAAUUAGGUCAUUAGACUUUAAGUCUAUCGAAAUCUAAUUAUAAUUAUUAUUAAUAGUUCGAAUUUUAUAUUUAAGGCAAAAUACCCGGAAGUAGUAGUUUUUGUUUUAUAAGUUAUUUGAUCAUUGAGAUAUAUUUUAAUUAAAUUAAUAAAUUAGUUUUAUAUUUCGAUGUUCAAAUCGCUCAGCAAUUGCUUUUGUUUUUGAUAAAAAUUCUUUAUUAUAAGCGUUAUUUAGUUUUAGGGAAAGUUAUGUAAAUAUUGUAAGUUAAAAACAAGCCAAGAAUACAGCUCUGUUCUCGUAGACUACAAUAAAUAUUACCUGCCUAUAGAAUCAUAAUGUAAAUAAUAAAUUUGUCAUUAAACAUGUUUAAUAAUA